AUGGUGACCGGCAAAUCGCAGCCGGGCGUCGAGCCAGUUCAGCUCCCCGCUACUUCACUUAACCCGACCGGCGCCAACUCCCCACCGUCGAAGCGAGACCUGGCCUCGUGGUGGAGGCAGUUUAAACGAAACUCGAGGAAAGAUGAAGUCAAAGAACCCCCUCGAGGCAUCUUCGGUGUGCCGCUAAAUGUCAGCAUCAAAUACGCGAACGUGGCCAUAUCUCUGACUGGAGAGCAUGGCAGGAGCCAUAUCUAUGGAUACGUACCCAUCGUCGUGGCCAAGUGUGGUGUAUUCCUCAAAGACCGAGCCACGGAUGUGGAAGGUAUUUUCCGCCUCAAUGGGUCGGCCAAGCGCAUCAAAGAUCUGCAAGAGAUCUUCGAUUCGCCCGAGCGCUACGGGAAGGGCCUCGACUGGUCAGGAUACACCGUGCACGAUGCCGCCAACGUCCUGCGUCGAUACUUGAAUCAGUUGCCUGAGCCCAUCGUUCCUCUGGAGUUCUAUGAGCGUUUUCGCGAGCCCCUGCGCAUUUAUCAGAAGCAGGUGCAGGCCGGAAAGGAGUCAGCCGAUGCAGACAAGUUUGAUCACGCCAAGGCCGUCGAGACAUAUCAGCGCCUGAUCGUCGAGCUUCCCCCAUUAAACAAGCAGUUGCUCCUGUACAUCCUCGAUCUGCUCGCCGUGUUUGCGUCCAAGUCGGACCAGAAUCGUAUGACAUCAGCCAACCUUUCGGCCAUUUUCCAACCCGGGAUGUUGUCCCAUCCCCAACACGACAUGUCGCCAGAGGAGUACAAACUGAGUCAGGAUGUGCUGAUCUUCUUAAUUGAGAACCAGGAUCACUUCUUGGUUGGUAUGAGCGGAACCACCCCGGAUGAACAGCAAGUGAAAGAGGUUGAAGCAGGCCUUCGGCCUGCCGCCCAAGACGUAGAAGGCGGCCUGGGAUCUCGCCCAUCCGCCACCUCGAACGUUCGACGAUCGGUCUCCAAUGCCAGCGGGAGCAACGACAGCCACCGCAAGCUCGACAGUGUCCGCAGAAAUGUCUCCGUUUCUUCUCGCAAUUCUCGCCACUCUCGUCAUUCAAACAAUGCUCCCAGCCCCGGCACACCCACCUCGAACUCCGGCGGUGGUGUUCACCGGAGCAACACACUUCCCACCAAGAUGGGCCCUGUUCUGGCGUCGGCACGCUUUGCGCGGGCCGGCGAAAGCGGCACGGCCAACCCGUCUGCUCUCUCCGUCUCCCAUCAUAGCUCUCGCUCAGCUAGCCGAACACCCUCUCUACGGGAAGAACAGGAGGAACGUAAGCCCAGUACAGUGUCAGAAGCUUCCACCGGUAACACUUUUGUGCACACCUCGAAACAGGGCCCUGUGCCAGUCGCAACAGCUGAGCGACUCAGCAUUGCUGGUACUACUUCGCCACGGGAGAAUCCUCAAGCGCACUCCUCUCCCCAGAACCCUCCACCUGCAAACAUCCCAACACAAAACACUCAAACACAGAACGUACUCUCGUCUGUCUCGCCAGCCCCUCAGGUUGUAACCCCUUCUCGUGAGCGCAAGUUGUCCAGUUUCUUCACCAAAUCACCACCCCCAGAAGGGGAUUUGAGGGAGACCCGACAACCAAACCGUCUCAGAAAGAAACGCAUCCCGGGUAGUGCAAGCAUCAGCGCACAGAGUUCGACUAUUUCCUUGGACCCGAGCUGGGAUGCAUCCUUGGAGCCGAGGCGCGAACGAAAGUCUAUCGAUCUGGCUGUUGGAGACACUACUCCCAAACCUCCCAACACAGCAACGCUGAGCAACCGGGAGGCAAUGUUGGAAUCAACUCCCACACUCGGGGAUGGCUCCUCACAUCCCAACACUGAGAAUUCCCUGAAGCCACAUCAGUCGCGCACCCCUUCAAUGAAUUCUCGGUCAUCGUUUACCGAUCAGUCCGAUCUCGACCAGCCUGAGGACGGCCCGCGCUCUGAUCGCCGUGAUAAUCGACGGAGCUGGCGGUUUCACCGUUCGGCAAAGCGCAGCAGUGAGCAGGUCGGGUUGGGUCUUGCAUCUCCUCCCUUGGUUGCCACUACCCCCGCGGCCGAGCAAAGUACCAGUUCGAUUGGCAGUGGGCCGCACCAAAUUAAUGACCCCACAAGUCAACCUCUAGGUUUGGAUGCUGGCAUCCAGAGCAACUCUGCCCACAAUGCCGAACCGGAGAAGAGAAGCCUGUUUGGGAAGUUCAAGGCAAAGGUGGCCCAGGUACGCGAUGGGGUGAAGGAUGAUCGUGAGCGCACGAAGAGUCCGAACCAGUCCGAUACCGAUCCAUCAGCCUCCGGCCAACCACUCUCUCCAACUCUCCCCAGCCAGACGUAUAGCAAGCCAUCUAUUGAUGUGCCAGCCGAGCAGGCCAAGGAGGAACCCCUUCGCUCGCCUGGUUCCCCGCUGCCCGCUGUCGAGUUUAAGAACGAGCCCGAGGCAGUCCCUGCUGCUGAAAGCACAUCGGUGCCGGUGGAAACGACAACGGCCCCCGGUUCAUCGACGGAGGCGACUUCUACUGACAAAGAAGUAUCUGCAUAA